AUGGGCACGCUAGAGGUGGCGUGGUGGCCGGCCGGAAUUGAGCCCUCGGAGGGUUCUCCUCCGAGCAAGUCCUGCCUAGGAUGGCCAUUCUUCCGGCCACCGCCCCUUUGUUUGGCGACGAAUCUGUUGCUCUCCGCAAACAUAUCUAACCAUAUUUUCUUACUGCUGCUGCUUCUCUUGUUAUUAUCAAUCAGAGCUCCUGGAGGUCAUGUGAAAACAAAAGGCACAAUUUACCUGUCCAAUAUAAGGAUGGUGUUUGUUGCCAGCAAGCCUGUUGGCAACUUCUUUGCUUUUGAUAUGCCACUGUUGUUUGUGCAUGGUGAGAAGUUCAAUCAGCCCAUAUUUCACUGCAACAACAUCUCUGGAUUCGUUGAACCAGUCGUUCCAGACAAUCAGAACAGGGCCCUGUACUCAACUCACACCUUCAAGAUCUUGUUCAAGGAAGGCGGCUGUGGUACUUUCGUUCCUCUCUUCCUUAACCUGACUGCAUCUGUGCGGCGCUACAAUGAGUUUGAAGCCCAGUCUGCUGCUAACAUGGCACCGCGUGUGGAUCCUCUGCAAGCCGCGCAGACUCCUGUCGAUGAUAUGAUGCGUCAUGCGUAUGUUGACCCAAAUGACCCUACCAAGAUUUACCUUCAGCAACCUGCCCCAGAAUCGCAGCUGAGGAGGAGAAACUACCACGGCCCAGCUGAUGCGAAUUAGCGCUUGCUGGAUUGGCAAAACUCAUGGCCAAUGAACUGUUGUAUCUGUUUGAACAUUUUAUCACAACUGGCUUCAAUAUCCGGGAGACCCGUAUACUGCGAGUCUGUGGCCGUUACAUCGUACAUAAUGUUGUGAAUUCGCUCAAUAAUGAUGUACAUAAGCAGUGGUGUGUUCAAAUAAUAUUGUAGUGUUAAGUAA